AUGCUUCGUGGUGGUGGUCGCGGUGGCCGCGGUGGCCGUCGAGGAGGCCCAAUUGGUGGUCUCAUCAGCCUCGUGGGCCAAGGUGUAGGGUUGGCACAAGAAUACAAAGAACAUCGCAAAGACCAACGAGAAGCAAGAAGUGCUUCGCAGCAGGACCUGAGCAGCACAAGAUCGCGAGACCCAUCAGCAAUCCCUCCAGAACCUGCAAGAGGAAUCCCAGAAGACGCACCGCCCGCGUACGAGCACGUUGCCGCUCAGUCCGAGGUCUCUCUCCAAUCUAGCCAGCCACCAUCCUCGGACGCAAAGGACGAGCCAGAGCGAUGGGAAGACGACACGUCGGAUUCAGACAUCGAAAAUGUAUCUCUUGUGGACGACUCCGAGGACUGGGAGUUAGACGAGGCACUUACGCCGAGUGAGUCGCAAAGCCUACCUUCCUACCAAGAAUCCGAAGCCAUGAAGCAGGGCGAAACCGUCGACGAUCUCGUCCGCGAAGUCAUGGCAGAUUCCAAGCCGCCUCUACAGCCUCCCCAAGGAGGAUCGGAACCCAGAGCUGUCGAGAGGAUAUCUCUUCCAUGCCCCGUCAUCAUCCCACAGCGCCGACCACGCAAGAAAGCUCGAGGUUUCGUUCGAGCAUACGCACCAGUUUUGGGAGACUGCGGCAUCGACCAAGACACUUUCCUGAAGUUCCUCAAGAACUUCUACAAAUCCUCUCAAGCGUCGCCUGUCUUCCCACUGAUCCAACUCGCAGCUGGAAUUGCUGGGAUGGCUCCUUCAGUAAUCGCCAUGGCGGUGUGCACAGCAGUCUCAAUCGGAGCCCAGGUGGGAGAGGACAUGGAAGUCCGCGCUCGAACCAACAACUUCCUCGACAAGAUGAACGACGAACUAUUCAAACCCGUCGGCUUGUACGCCAUGAUCAUCAAGUACAAAUCCGACGCCGACAUGCAAGCGUCCUUUGGAGGCCCUUUCGGCAGCUUGGCCAGCAUGAUCCAGCCCGCGAGGGUCGACGUCUCGACGAAUCAGUCUAUUGCCAAGUUCGCUCGGAUGGGUUCCCAUGAAUCCGGUGAGAGGAGCAUGAGCGAUCGAAUGCAGAAUCUUCGUGUUGCGAGUGGUACUACCCGAGGCACGAUCGAGCUCCCCGAGGCUGCUCCUCUGAUCUUUCCAGACAUUGAUCGUAAGGCCAUCACCCACGACGGGCCAGAAACUUUCAAAGACAAGACCAGAGACGCGAAGAAGUUCCUAGCAGACUACCUCGACCGCAGAGCGCAGAUGCAAUACGCAAUGCAAGACCCCAACUCAACCCUCGACCACGGAACCCGCCCCUUCAAAUCCUCCCUCGCCGACCCCUCCCACCCGCUCUACUCCAGCGGCGGCGGCCUGAUCUCCCUCGUCUCAGGCGGCAAACUCAGCGCACAAGACGCCCGCUUCGACCGCCGCCGGGACAGGGCCAUGUACAAAGACGUGCGGCGUGUCGAGCGUGGCAAGGACCCUCGUCGGGAGGGGAAGCGUGCGCGGAGGUAUGGGGAUGAUUAUGCGGGGGAUUUGGAUGCGAAGAUUGCGGAGAGGAGGGAGAGGUUGCAGAUGAUUGUGGAUCAGAGGAGGGGUUAUGGGGAUGGGAGGAGGGGGAGGGGCUCGUACUAUGAUGAGUAUGAGGAGGAGGAGGAUGAGGGGAGGUAUAGCGCUAGAAGAGGGUUUGAGAGGGGCGGGUACGCAGCUGGCGGGGAGUAUGGUGAGGGCUCUUCGAGGGGUAUGGGUAGAGGUGGGUAUGGCGGAGGCCGAGGCAGAGGCGGACGAGGUGGUAUGGGAGGAGGUGGUGGAAGAGGUGGACCGCUUGGCAUGGUGAAGAGGGUGAUGCGGGAAGAUGUGCUCUACCUCAUGAUUGUGAACAUGCCUUCCGAGGCGGAACUCAGAGAAGCGCGAGAAGAGAUCGAAAUGGCGCGGAACAGGAGGUAG